AUGGAGGCUUUCCACCCCGGCAAGCUGGAGAAGCACCCCCACCACCCCCCCGCGCCGGCGGAGUUUUUGCAAGGGGCCGGCCGCUGCAGCGCGAAGGGCCACGGCGUGUGCGGGAACGCCUUCAGCUCGUGGAACGACUACCUGGGGCUGGCCACGCUCAUCACCAAGGCGGUGGGGCACGAGAAGGGCUUCCGCACCGGGCCCUCCUCGGUGGUGGUGGCCGCCACCGUGCAGCAGGUCCAGGCGGCGGAGGAAGGGGAGGACGAAGAGGACGACGACGAAGAGGAGGAGGAGGAGGAAGAAGACGACGCGGGGACCCCUUAUUUCGAAAGCCCCCUGGACCUGCACGACUUGGGCUUGUGCAACCACCACCACCACCUGAGCCCCGGCGAGAGCCUGCUGGAGGAGCGCUUCGCCGACUUCAGCCCCUUCUCCGGCCGCUCCGGGCCGGCCUCGGUGGUGUUCAACUGCUCCCCGGAGCACCUGGAGCGGGACCGCUCGCCCCACGCCUGGGGGGGCCGCCUGGGGGCCGACGGCCGGCUGCAGCCCCCCGCGAAAGGCGGCGCGCGGCUCCUGAAGCCGGAGCUGCCCGUGUGCGUCUUCUGCAGGAACAACAAGGAGGCCGUGGCCCUCUACACCACCCACAUCCUCAAGGGGCCCGACGGGCGGGUGCUGUGCCCGGUGCUGCGGCGCUACACGUGUCCCCUGUGCGGGGCCAGCGGGGACAACGCGCACACGAUCAAGUACUGCCCCUUGUCCAAAGUGCACGGCGGCGCCCCCAAACAGCCGCUCAAGAACUCCAGGCACAUCCUGGGCAAGAAGCUCCGCUAGGGG